AAAUUGGGAAAAAGGUCGUCGGGAGAGUGGGGGGUUAAUUUUGAAGGCGAGUCCACGAGCCUUGUUAAAGGAAAGGGGACUCACGGUGAAACGCCGCCACCGCCCCUCUCUUCGCCCCCCGAGAUCUCUAUCUCUUCCCCCCCCCCCUGCAACGAAAUAGCAAGGAACCUGAGAUGAAGGAGCCUUCAUUUUGAAUCUGGUCUCUGUCCCCUUCUCCUGGUCAUUACAUAAGUUGUUUUCUAUCAGAUCAGAUCAGGUCAGAUCAGAUCGAAGCUAAAAGAUCGAAGACUACGAUGGCGAGUGAGAAGAAAUCGACGGCUGUAUCGGAUGUAGGUGCCUGGGCUAUGAACGUUGUUAGCUCCGUAGGAAUUAUAAUGGCCAACAAGCAGCUCAUGUCUUCCAACGGUUAUGCUUUCAGCUUCGCUACAACUUUGACUGGGUUUCACUUUGCGGUGACCGCACUAGUUGGUUUGGCAUCCAAUGCUUCUGGUUAUUCUGUAUCAAAACAUGUUCCUAUAUGGGAGCUUCUUUGGUUCUCAAUUGUUGCCAACAUAUCUAUUACAGGGAUGAACUUCAGCCUUAUGCUCAAUUCAGUUGGAUUUUACCAAAUUUCCAAACUGAGCAUGAUUCCAGUGGUUUGCGUGAUGGAAUGGAUCCUACACAACAAACAAUACUCGAGGGAAGUGAAAAUGUCAGUGGUGGUUGUGGUAAUAGGUGUCGGUGUUUGCACCGUAACUGAUGUGAAAGUUAAUGCUAAAGGUUUUGUUUGUGCUUGUUUAGCAGUGAUUUCCACAUCCCUGCAACAAAUAUCAAUUGGUUCCUUGCAGAAGAAGUAUUCAAUUGGAUCUUUUGAAUUGCUGAGUAAGACCGCUCCUAUUCAAGCCCUCUCUCUCCUUGUUUUUGGUCCAUUCAUCGACUACUACUUGGGUGGCAAAUUUAUAUCAAAUUACAAGAUGUCUUCUGGUGCUAUUUUGUUCAUACUACUUUCAUGCACCCUAGCAGUUUUUUGCAAUGUCAGCCAAUAUCUGUGCAUCGGGCGCUUCUCUGCAGUUUCCUUCCAGGUUUUAGGUCAUAUGAAGACAGUUUGCGUGCUGACAUUAGGGUGGCUGCUUUUUGAUUCGGAGCUGACUUUCAAGAACAUUUCAGGGAUGGUUGUUGCUGUGGUGGGCAUGGUAAUAUACAGCUGGGCUGUGGAGCUUGAAAAGCAGCAGUCCAGCAAUGCCAAGACAAUCACUCACAUGAAGAACAGCCUAACGGAAGAAGAAAUUAGGCUAUUGAAGAAUGGAGUGGAAAAUGAUCCCGUGAAGGAUAUUGAACUUGGGGAGUCCAAGGGAUGAGUUCACUGCUUGGUCCAUUCUUCAAUUUGUAGCUUUUGCCUUGGUUAUGGAAGCAGCAACACCCAUCGGCUUGACCACCUCAAAUUUCAAGAUAGAUUUGGUCGUCAUGGUGGUGAUCAGUUUUCUUACAUAUUUUUUUGGGGGUUAAUUUUUUGAUAAAUUAUUUUAUUAUUUGUAUGUCUAUUAUGGCCGGGAGGGCACAUAAUCAAGCAUGAUUAGAUUAUGAAGUGUACGAACUGUUGUGUGUUGGUUCUCUCUGCAUCUUGUUAUUUCCAUUUCCAGUGUACCCUUGUAAGUGGUGGCGGUGCAGCAUAUAGUUUUUAAGGGAAUAGGGUGGGGUUUGGUGGAGUUGGGAAGCAUUUAACUAUUACGCCGCAUCUAAAUUUAUGUAUUUUAUUUAUUUAUUCAUUUAUGCAAUUAAGAGGGGGCCAGGGGAUUCUUCCUGUUUCCAACCA